AAAAAUAAAUACGUUAAUAUCCUCUUUGGAAUAUUUGUUCAACAGUUGAUAGAGUGGUUGCUGUGUUCUACAUCUUGAUAUUUUUGUGGUAGUACCAAAAAGAGAACCUGUUUCUAACAGGUUGUCCAAAGAAUUUUGACUUUAUAUUGUAAAUAUUAAACAGGUCGCUGUAUGCUAUCACUUUUUUUUCUGCUUCUAUUUAGAAUUUAAUAUUUGACAAUAUUAAAUAUUAUUUACCCACUUAUCGUUCAGUUGUCGUGUUGGUGAAUUUCUUUGAGAAAACUUUCCCUCUUCAAUUGCUUAUAAUUAAUGGAUUAGUAUUUCAUUUAAUAAUUUCUGAACAGUUAAAACUUUAUAUGAUUUACAGUGUUUAUAAUAUGGUUUACUUUAUGUAUGUAAUUUAACAUGGUCAAUCGUACAUAGAUGUUUUAUCAUGUCUUGUGUUAGUGGAUUGCCAAAAAAUUAUAAUGGCCAAAACAAUACAACCAGCCAAAAAUCAAAUGUUGUAAUACCCCCUAAGUAUCAACCACCACCAAGCCCUAGUUGUCAAUUUAAUGGACAACUAAAUAAUUACUCAGCAUCUAAUAUUGACAGAAGACAACAAAGUGAAAAGCCAUAUGCCAAUACAGUGGACAAUCAUAGAUAUCGAACUUUGCCAGGAGAGCAACCAACGGAUAUGUUGAAGUUUGUACGGAAAAUAGAUUCGGACAAUACAAACAAAAUAUCUUCAGAUCAGGUGGGGCAGUUGAUGGCAGAAAUCAAUGGUUUAAAAGAAGUGAAUCAAAGACUGAAUGAUGAAAAUCAAGAAUUACGUGAUUUAUGUUGUUUUUUGGAUGAUGAUAGACAAAAAGGACGAAAACUAGCUAGAGAAUGGCAAAGAUUUGGAAGAUAUACAGCUUCUGUGAUGAGACAAGAAGUUGCUGCAUAUCAGGUUAAAUUAAGGCAUCUUGAAGCUAAACAACAGCAUCUCAUUGAAGAUAACAUGGAACUUAAGGAAUUGUGCUUAUAUUUAGAUGAAGAAAGAUGUGGACCAAAUAGGUUAAGAGAUAAUUCUGUAUGUAGAGCUUGUGGAAAUUCUUCUGGUUCUGGAAAUUUACCUGAAGAACUACACAGACGAGAUGAAGGCGAUGGUAGUAGCUCAUCUACAAAUGCUGAUGAAAAUAUGAUAUCUGGUAAUCAAAAUCAAGCCAUAUAUCAUAGACAGUUAAAUCAAUCUAGUGAUCAACAUCUACUGUAUGAUCAAAGAUCAUUAAAUUAUAUAAGACAGCUAGAAGCUAAAGUGAAAGAGUUAGAAGAUGAAAAAAAUAAAUUAUCUAAAAAGAUAACCCAAGAAGAAAAAAUUGAUCAAAAGAUUAGUAGUUGGAAUGCCGAUGGUUCUUUUCCAAAAAUGACACAUCCAGAAUCUGUUUUAACUGCUCUUCAAGUAUUAGAACUACGUGAACAAUUAGAAGAUAAGGGAGAUGAAAGUAAUAAUGGUGUUGAUAUGGAAGAUGAAGAAAAAGCAUUACUUAGAGAAAUGUGCAAUGUGGUAUGGCGAAAAUUGGAAGAUGCACAAUAAUUUAUAAAAAUUUUAUCUAAUUGAAUUAAUAUAAUAUAUUAAUUGCAUGUUUUAUGUAUUAUUUAAUUUU